AGUACGCGCAGGAUCUUCAGAUCUGCACUGUCUGUAUCACACACACGGAUACUGGAAAUACACAGCACCGCCGAUCUGAGAAAAACACCUGCAUCCCCUGUGUAGCGGGAAUAGCGUCCAACUACAGCCCGGUCGCAGUGAGCCAUGGUUCUGUGUGAGGAGAGGGAAUGUAGCGUGUGCUACCAGGCCUACACCCGCUGGGAGCGCGUCCCCCGAAAACUGCACUGCCGCCACACCUUCUGCACCCCCUGUCUGCAGCGCAUGGCCCGGCCAAUCAGCGGCCUGCAGUCCGUCUCCUGCCCCCUCUGCCGCUGGAAGACCUGCGUCGCCCCCAACCGCAGCCUGCAGGAGGCGCUGUGGGUGGACAGCCAGGUGUGGGAUCAGAUCUCUGAGAGCGACAGUGAGGAGCAGCAGGAGGAAGAGGAGGUGGAGGAGUCCAGACAGACUCAACCCGCUGCCCAGCCCAAAAGGUGA